AAUGCAUCCUAUAUACUUGUUUUGAAUCUAAGUUUUAAUUAAUAUUUUUAAAUAUAAUGGAUAAAUGUCGAUUAUGUUUGGCGACGAGACGAAACGUGCGUUCAGUCUUUGAUACUGAAAAUGAUUAUUCUCUAAAAUAUGUGCACAUGAUAACUUCUAUAGCCAAUGUAAAGAUUCAUGAAGCAGACGGAGUCACAGACAAAAUAUGUCUUGCUUGUCGCAAAAAACUGAAGGAAGCUUAUGACUUCAAAGUGCAGAUCGAAAAAUCAGAUGCAGAGCUUCAAAAUACAGGAAAUGGGAGAAAAAUUAACUUUUAUAAUUUAAAAGAUAUUAAAAUUAAAGUAGAAAUAGAGGUCCCCAAACAUGAAAAUAAUAUUGAUGAAUACUUUAAAGAUGGAGAGACAUCCAUUCAUUACAAUGAUACAAUAAUAAAGAAAGUGGAUCCUGAGGAUUGUAAUACUUAUAUAAAAAAAGAAAACGGACCCCUGUCUGUAUUAGACUUUCUUAAUACUAUCAAAGAAGAAUCAGAAAACGAAUUCAAUGAUGAUUAUGAUGUAGAUUAUGAAGCAAUGUCUGAUGUAGAUGAUGAUGAUGAAGAAUAUCUUAUACCUCUAAACAAAAGACUAAAACAAAAAAAGAAUAAGAAAAAAGUAAUAAAUAAAUCAACGCCAGCAACUAAUAAAAAAGUGCCAAAAUAUACUCCCGUUCAAAUAAAGCCUGUAUAUUUGAAAGAUCUCAGGGUAUUGCCGACCAGGAAUGACAAGCCCAAAAUUAAAAAGAAAUAUUGUUAUGAUAAGAAAAAAUCAAUGUGUAAUGUUUGUGGCAAAAUGACAACCUGUAUAAACAGUCAUAUACUGACCCACACAGGAGAGCGAUCCUUCAAAUGUGAAGAGUGUGGAAAAGGAUUUCUGACUGCAAACUGUUUAAAAUUUCAUGUAAAGUACAGACAUACCACUGAAAGAAACUUUAAGUGUGAUAAAUGUGUUGCUACAUUUGCUAGUAAAGAAGCCCUUAAAGGGCAUAUGGUACGACAUACUGAUGAGAAAUCACAUGUAUGUGAUAUCUGUAAUAAAGGAUUCAAAAGAAAACAGGCAUUGAAGCGACAUAAAUUAAUCCACAAUUUAGCCAAUAAACGCGUCAAAUGCGAUUUAUGUAACAUGUCAUUUUUUAAUAAAUUUGGUUUAAAUCAUCAUCUCAGAAUUCAUACUGGAGAAAGACCAUACAAAUGUGAGAUUUGCUCCCAGCCAUACAGCUACAAGCAUGACUUCAACAGGCACUGUUUUAAAAAACACGGAGUGUUUCUCAAAAGACGCUCUGUCAAAAUCAUGAACGAAGAAGUGUUACAGAAGGAGCGCGAGCUGAUGCGCGACCUCAUGCUCAAAAUAAAUGGAUAUAUAAAAGAGGGUGAACCUCUUAAUCCUUUCGAGGGUCCUCAAGGCUAUUUGGCUUUUGAACAAGCCGUUAAAGCUUUGCAAGCUAAACAAAUUCCUGUUGAUUUUCAUAUUUAAAUAGUCAUUCCUUUUCACUGUUACAUACAUUGAUUAAUAAAUAUUUUUCUAAAUCA